CUUGGGUUUACUCUCGGCAAUGUGGUUGGGAUGUAUCUGGCUCAGAACUAUGAUAUUCCUAACAUUGCGAAGAAGCUUGAAGAUUUUAAGAAGGAUGUGGAAGCUAAGAAGAAACCUCCUAGCGACAAGUCUUGAAAGAGCAGUGUUCCCCAGGUCACCUCUGAGCAUGCAUCAAGGAUGCAAUUUACCUUUCAGGCAAUGAAGGUCAAGUAGAGGGUUGGCAUGGGAGGUUCCUCCACUCUUAGUGUCGUAGAACUGGGAUGUCCUUUUGAAGGAGCAGCCAUGAACUUUUCCUGGGACUGAUUUUCAAGGGUUUCAGAAUUUGGAUUUGCAGCUGAUGUGUGACUGGAUAAGAUCAUUUGUAUUUUUUGUUAUUGCUUUUCCUAAUAUUUUGUAACCCAUUUUUACCUGAUCCAACUAGAGUCCCGUUAGUCCUGUAACUAUGUGUACCUCACACUUUGUAAUACCCUAGUUCUUAGAACAUUGAAGAAGAAAUUAAAUGCAUCAAGAAGUAA